UAUAUUCAGUACAAUUUAAUAAACAGUUCAAAGCUUAAAAGAUCUUCCAGGUGAAUAGCAUUUCAGAUUAACAACUGACAGCUUUUGGUAAUGGUAGAUAACAACUUUUCUAAAUGGAAGCCACAAGGAUAAGUUGGUUUGGAAUGGAUAAAUGAAUCCAUGGAUAUUCAUGAUGCAUCUAUAUUAUCUCAUAGGCAAGUUGCAUAAAUACCAUACACUAUAGCAGUAGAGCUCCAAUAUCGAAUGAUUCAAAAAAAAUUAAAAAUACAGAACAAGUACGUAGGGUGAUCAGAUUCUGUCUGAAUCAAUUUUAAUGGGCAGAACUCCAUACUAUUGAACUAGCUAACUGGGACCAUGCUACAUAGGCACAACAGAGGCUACAUUUGAUGUAUCACUGCAGUGAAUAUAUAUCUGUGCAUGUUUAUAUAUGAAAAUCCUUUUCAAAGCAGUAAUCCAACAAUAUAGAAGGCAUGAACAAGAAGAACCGCAUCAAGAAUGAACAUGAAACUAUGAAAUCCAGAUAUGGUCUUACUUUUUUUUUUAAUUGUUUUAACUAGAUGGAUGGGAAUUUCUUAAAUACAUAUUGCUAUUUACCAUUUUCAUGUUGUGCCAAUGGUAAUUUUUUGACAUUUUCACAAUUACUGUUGCAUUGUAGUACCGCAAUGGAGCAGUCACAAUCGCCAUCCACACCUUCGAGACAUUUGCGUAAGCGUGGUGCUAAACAGUCUCAACCGCAGUCCAGACUAGCUCACAAAGCAAAUUGGGACUCUGACACGGUGCGCAUGUUCUUGCAACUUGUUAUCAAAGAGUUGGACUCAGGUUUCAAGGGCAGCUUCCAUACAAUGACAAUGCACGGAUACAGGGCUAUCGCCAAGGCCUUCGAGGAGCGUACACAUAAGGUCCAUGAGGUGAAGCAACUGCAAAACAAGUACGCGUCACUGAAAAAGGAUUGGCAGUCGUGGUCACGCUUGAUGGACAGCAGGCAUGGGCCAACUGGCAUAAGUUACAAUGAAGCAACUGGUUUGAUACAAGCAUCUGACGACUGGUGGGCCCAUUAUGAAAAGAUUGACAAGAAUGCACUGAAGUUCAAAACGAAACCGUUGGAGCAUAUGGAGCUAAUGCGAAGGGUGUACGAAGGUGCAACUGCAACCGGGAAAUUCGCAUGGACACCAGGGGCAGCGUUCGAACCUGUGGCCACGGAGGACAAUCCGUUGCUGGUAGACGAAGAAGACUGCGAAGACAGCAGUGGUUUGCCCCCUUUCCAGCCAUCCGUGCAGCAUGGACAAACUGUCCACCACAGUUCUGCGCAAGAGGAGGACAUCCCGGUCAGUGUACAUGCUGCGGCAUCGCCAAAUCACGCUGAUGACACACCUACGAGUGGCCAGAGCAAACGCAAAUUCAGUCGCACAACACACUCGCAGCGGAAAAAAGGGCAGAGUGUCGGCGCAUCGCUCUUGGCGAGUAGCAUGGAAAACCUUGCGUCUUCAGUUAAAUUACAACAACGAGAAGUCCGCGUGCAUCAUGAAUAUGGAGAUUCGGCCUCGGACUGCAUUCGUAAUUGUAUGGCAAGGUUGUACUCCCUACAAGGCUUGGACCGGCAAGACCCACUAAUCCUUUACGGUAUGUCGCUAAUGGACAAUCCGGCAAAUCAGGCAAUACUGUUGCAGCUUCCGACGGACGCAGACGUCAUUACUUGGCUGCGAAUCAAGAAGUCCCAGAAUAUGGGUGGCCCAUCAGCGCCAACUCACGGCCCCUGGUUUUGACGGCCUCAGUCACCGGAAAUGGCUCAUGUUUCAUUAAUACCCUGCAUUUGUUCUUUUAAUUGUUGCUACCUCCUAUGUUUGUUUUAUGUUUAUUAUUUCCCCUAUGUUUGAGAGUGGCUGUCGGAUUUUUUUUAAAUUAUGGAAUCGGUGUGUGAUGUGUUGGAUGUUUAAUUCGGACUUUGUAUGCAGCAGGCAUGUUAUUUAUAAAUGUGUUGGAUGUUUUCUUUUCGUU